UAUAGUACGGUCGGGUUAGCGUAUUUUGUCAUUGCGCAUGCUCCCAGCUUCUGGUCCACUCAGAUAGGGCAAGGCUCUCGCGGAGACUUGACUACAAAACAAUAACCUAAACCUUUUUUAUAUUGUGUACGAGAGCUCCCAACAUGGUAUUUAUUAUUUCGCACGUAGAUUUUUUCAAAUUGGAUAACUAUAAUAUACAACCUGUGCGUCACGUUAAUCCCUAAGACUGUGGUAUGAAGAUGGAAUAAUCAUAAUGGUGAUUAUCAAAUAUAAUUCCGAUCACGCUAGAAAAAUAACUAUUCGCUUACGAUACGUUAUUGGAUUUGUGCUAGUAAUCGGAACUACAUUUUUUCUAUUUCUUCUCAGUAAUAAUCCACUGAUAUUGUUUAUGAAUGAAAAUUAUAUCAAGGCUUCUUUAAAACCAUAUACUAUAAACUUCGCUCAUUCCGACGGCAGUUUUACAAUAAAAACUGAAGGAUGCACAAUUCCUCAACUGCAGGCAUUUGAUGAAAGUAUCAAAAAGUUCAUAGAGAGACCAAAUCAUAUUAAACAAUGUGAAAGCUUCAACACGUCGUUCUUAGAAAACAAUAGAACGCAUAUUUGGAUUAAUCAUAAAAACUUACGCUACUUUAACUUGAGUGAUAGUACGAAUAUUACUUGUUGCUAUAAAUCUUUCUAUCGGCCUCUUGCGAUCGACGACAUAUCCUCCGCCGAUAUUGAUGACAGAGUCAAGUACAAUGACUGCAUUGAGUUCACAAGCUUCAUCGAAGUCACCAAUGAAUUCGUCAAGGUAUCUUGUGUCUACGAGUACACUACGAUUUAUGAACAAUUUUUUGCUUUCACGCCAAAGAAACCGCUACUUAACGUAAGGGAAGAUAUUAAUGAAGAAAAUGAAUUUUACAAUGUAAUCGUGAUGGGUAUUGAUGCUAUUUCUAGACUUAAUUUUCAUAGAACUAUGCCCAGGACGUUAGCAUUUCUGAAAAAGAGUGGAGCGAUUGAGUUACUAGGAUACAAUAAAGUAGGUGAUAACACCUUCCCAAAUCUAGUUCCCAUGCUUCUAGGCAUUCGGGAACAAGAUCUAAAAAACACAUGUUGGCCAAAUACUAAAUCAACGUUUGAUUACUGCCCUUUUAUAUGGAACGCUUACAAAGAUGCAGGAUACUAUACAGCGUUCGGUGAAGAUAGUGCAAGCUUGGGAACAUUUAAUUUUGAAAAAUUUGGAUUCAUUCAAAGUCCUGUAGAUUAUUAUCUACAUACAUUUAUGCAUGAAGCGGAAAGAUAUUCUGGUAAUAAUAGAGAUUUUAACUCUUACAUUUGUAUGGGAAACGUAUUCUUUUAUAAAGUUCUCCUGGACUAUAUUGAGAACUUAACGAAUGCUUUGAAGUCAAUGAAGUUUUUUGGACUUUUUUGGGAAGUCACAAUGAGUCAUGAUUAUUUAAAUUAUCCUAUGUUAAUGGAUGAUAGCUACGAAGAAUUUCUAAUUACACUUGAUAAUUCCGGUACUUUGGAAAAUACCGUACUAAUUCUGUUGAGUGAUCAUGGCAUACGAUGGGGUGACAUUCGGUUUACUAAGCAGGGAAGGUUGGAGGAGCGCUUACCAUUUAUUCAUAUUUUAUUACCGCCCUCAUUUCGUGAAAACUACCGAGAAGCAUACAAGAAUAUGUAUUUAAAUAGCCACCGUCUAACCACUCCCUUUGAUAUACACGCGACUCUCAUAGAUUUAGUCAACUUAGAAUCAAUAAAUGAUAACAAUAUCCAGUUAAGAAGUUCAACUCAAUACACUAACGCUAGAAGUAUAAGUCUUUUCUUGUCUAUACCUGAUAACCGCACAUGCAAAGCAGCAGGAAUUGAGGACCACUGGUGCACUUGUAAUAAAGGAAUUAAACUUUCGACACAUUGUGCUGAAGGUCGCCAGGCUGCCGAUUAUUUGGUUACAUACCUGAAUAGAUUAGUAAGCAAAAAUUUAAAGUGUAUCAAGCUCUUUCUCAAGGAGAUAAUGGAAGUUACAGAAAUGAUAGUUGGCUCCCCUAAUGAAAAAGAGGUCGGAUGGCGGGAAUUUCUGAUAGUAGUGCGUGUGUCUCCUAGUGACGCUGUGUUUGAAGCCACUCUCCGACAGAACAACAAUAAUUGGUCACUAACUGGUACAGUCAGUCGACUCAACUUAUAUGGGGAGCAGAGCAUUUGUGAACAUAAUUAUCAAUUAAAACUGUAUUGUUAUUGUCAGCUAUAAGGUUUAUAGAUGAAUGCCUAAACGUAGCCUGAAACAUAAUCUGUGAUAAGAUAUAUUUAGACAGUAGCUUAGUAUGUUGUGAUUACCUUAAACUAUUAUUAUGUAUAACUAGUAUACUCGACGUAAAUUAAUGUUGCCGUGUUAUAAAUGUUUAUUUUAAUGUUUGCCUAAUUGUUCAGUAGAAGCUUGUAGUUUAUUAGUUAUGGAAUUGAAGUAUACUUUCUUUUCCUUUAAGCAUAAUAUAAUAAUAUUUGGAAUGUAGGAUCGGUUUCAUUAAACUUAAAACUUGACUUG